UUCUCAUGAGUUUACUAAAAUGAAAACAAUUCAUUAUGGGUGCUUGUCAGUUCUGAUAACUGCUGAAAUACAAGUUGGUAAACAAACCUUUGAAAAUACUCCAACCCAAAUGUUCCAAACCAAUUAUAAAGGUACAAACCUUUUAUAAAGACCAAAGUCUUUAUAAAAAUCUCUUUCUCAGUUACUAGUGACAGUUACUAGAUAAAAGUCAUAAAAACUAAGAAUGAUUCAAUUUCCAAGGCAGAUAAUAUGAAAGGACAAAGUUCCAUGAGCCUUUCAUAAUUUCCCUACUCUGAACAGUUCUAUGAACAACAGACUAGUGAAGGCUAACUUAGGAACACAUCUGGAGAUCUUGCUUCUGUACAGAUUACCUGGUGUCUAAAAGGGUUACCUUACAGUCAUUUUCUCUGGAUAUUCUAGCAUGCCUCUUUUCCUGUAAUCUCUAAAAAUGCCUGAUUAUCUAGUUCACUGGAUUUUGCUGGAAGCAUUUGCAUGUCCAUUGAAGGCACAUAUGUGCAUCUUCCUUGUGCCAGCUCCAUACCAGCUCCAUUUUAAUUUGCUUGCAAAUCCUAUUUCCUGUAGGAACACAAAUGAAAGUGGUGCUGAUUUCACAUAAGGAAAAAAAGUCUCACUGUGAACGCAGUCUGUCAGUGGAUGAGGUUGCCCAGAGAGGUUGCCAAACCUGACUGGCCAAAACAGAGUGCCCUGGCUGCAAUUAAUGGUUGAGACUGCUUGUGGGAAGCUGGACUGGAUAUCCUCUUGAGGUUCCUUCCAAGGUUCCUGGUCUACACCCACCCCAGUUGUAUCAGAAUGUCUUCUGAACUUCCUGGUGAUAAAAAACAUUAGAAAACAAGACUAGCAUCUGUCAAAUGGGGUUCCCUCUCCAUUUCUCUCUACACACCUUUCCUUUCGGGGGAGAAGAAGGGAAGAAUAUUAUGAAAAGUGCAAAAUGUUUCAAAUUCCCGUUCAAAACCUUGAUAAUAUAAGGAAGGCUCGAAAAAAAGUGAAGGACAUUCUUGUGGAUCUUGGGCUUGACAGCUGCAGGGAAUUGUUGAAGAAUCUUAAAAGUUUUGAUGCAGGUGAAAGCUACUUUUGUAACACUUCAUGGAGUGAUGUCUCCCCUUGGGAGCCUGUGGGCAAAAGGAAGAGAUACAGAACAAAGCCAUACUGCUGUAGCUUAUGCAAGUUUUCGUCCAAGUUGCUUACUUCUUUCAAGAAUCACUUGCAUCGUUACCAUGAGGAUGAAGUGGACCAAGAGAUGGUGGUUUCUUGCCCAAAAUGUGCAUUUUCUUCUCAUCCCAAAGUAGUGGGAAAACACAUCCGGAUGUUUCAUUCAUCUAAUAAACGAAUACAAAAUUAUACAGUCAGCAUUUUAGAUGGCAUGAAACAAUUUAGGAGUGACAUCAUAAACUUCACGUGUCUAAAAUGUCAAUUCACAGACACCUUGUAUUACAAUAUGAAGAAACAUGUACUGAUGAACCAUUUUAACAACUUAGUAAAUGUAUAUUUUGGUGAGAAAUGUGAUGAAAGUACACCAAGUUCAGUUGAGUUCUACUGUAAAAAAUGUAAUGUUCCUGCAAACAGCCCAGAUUGUUUAAUGUACCAUAUCUUGACAGCUGAAACACACAGAGACCUGGAGAACAAACUUCGAUCUCUGAUUUCAGAACAUAUUAAGAAACCCGGACUUGCGAAACAAAUGUAUAUUGCUCCAAAGCCUGUCCAAGGUAUAGCAGCUGCUGCUCCAUCUUCAGGGCUUGCUGCUGUCCCAACAGGUUCCGUGACUGCUCCAGGUUGCAUCCAGGUUGCAUUUCCACAGACUGAUCAAAACCAGAGCACGGUGCAGAUACAAGCAGUUCAGGAUACAGUUGGACCAGUGACUGUCCCAAGUGCCUCUGGCAGCGUCCCACAAACCACCUCUGCUCCCACCACUAGGUCCUCGCACGUCACUCUUGUGCCCAGCAAUCCUCCCAUGGGUCAGAACAACGUUUGUAUUCAGCCAUCGCCUUCCCAGCCCAUCAUUGUUUCUCAUGGGCUGCCUCUUAAUCAUUCUGUUGGGACCGUAAACAGAACUGUGGCCCCUGCGGUUCUUCCUCUUAAUCAGCCUGUCAUGCCUGGGCUCUUUCCUGUUAAUCAACCCAUUGGUACUAUAAAUAGUCCAGUUCCAGCUGGAACGCUCCCUGUUACUCAACCUGUCAACCCUGUGAAUCAACCAGUUGCAGCAGGAGUCCUCUCUGUGAAUCAGCCAGUUGCUCCAGGAAUUUUGUCUGUCAACCAGUCACUUGGGAACAUGAACAGACCCAUUGAUCCUAGGGUCCUUCCUGUGGCGCAGACAGUUGGGUCGGGUGUUCUCCAGCUUAACCAGCCUGUUGCCCCUGGGGUGGUUCCUGUCAGACAGCCUGUUGGACCUGGGUUCCUUCAGCUUAAUCAGCCUGUUGCCCCGGCAGUUAUCCCAGUAAAUCAGCCAGUUCAGCCUCCAGUUUCUCAAAGCACAGCUUUUUUGACUGCGGGCCCUAUAGUGAGGCAUUUCAUGCAGGCCAAGCAGGUUAAUGGGAUGCAAAUGUACACACUGACCCCCAUCUCAGUUACUUUGCCUGUACCUCCUGGUGGCGGAGUAGCAACUGUGACACCUUCACAGGUGCCCAUCCAGCUCAUGCAGUCGGGGUCAGUGACUCAGCUGUCCCAGUCACCAGCCAGUGCUCCCUCUCCUCCUGUGGUUCUGACUUCAGAGAAUGUAUCCUUGCAGGCUUCCCCGCCUGCUCCUGAAACAAGCCCGGCUGUCAGACAGGCCAAGCAGUGGAAGACCUGCCCUGUUUGUAACGAGCUUUUCCCAUCAAAUGUCUAUGAGGUGCACAUGGAGGUGGCCCACAAACCACGUGAAGUGAAAGUAGAAACCCCAGAACCUCACAAACUUGCAGCUUGCGCACCCUUUCUAAGGAUGACAGAAAAAACGAUCCGGUGUUACGCUUGUAAAUGUUUUCUCUGUGAGGAAGAGCUCAUGAAACAUAUCUUCAUGCAUGGCUUAUCUUGCUUGUUUUGCACAGGAACUUUCUAUGACUUAAAAAGCCUCGUGGAGCACAAUAAAACUGCACACAAUGGGAGAAAGCAGUUGCAUGCAAGUUACAGCAACAGAGGAAUUCAGCUAGGUAACGAUGCUCAGGGUGGCCUUGUGUUUCCACACUUCGAUUUCAACACAGUGCUACCAGAUGAAGACAUGGGUGAAAGAGAAGUACAUUUGGCAGUGCUUGUUGGAAUAUAUUCAACAGUUCUUGUCCCUGUUUACAUCAAAGUGAAACCUCAGACAGCACAAACGAACAGGAGAUGCACCAGAAAAAUGUUCACCUGUCCCUUUUGCUUAGGUACGUUUGCUGGUAGAGAAACCUAUGAAAAGCAUUUGAAAGAGCGGCAUCAUAUAAUGCCGACUGUGCAUACGAUUUUAAAGUCUCCUGCUUUCAAGUGCAUCCACUGUUGUGGUGUGUACACUGGAAAUAUGACUCUGACAGCUAUUGCUGUACAUCUGCUCCGUUGUAGAAGUGCCCCCAAAGACACCAACUCGAGCCUGAAGAUGCAGCUUGAACGUACUGAGAAGAAAGAGCUGCUGCUUGUGAAUGGUGAGAAGCAUAUUUCUGUGGUACUGAAAAGAAAGCAAUCAGAUUCCUGCUUUAUUGCAGAAGACCAAAGGAAUAAGGAACAGCAGCCUCCGAGCUUAAGUACUGGCAUAGCUCUGUCUCCAGAGAACGAAGUGAAUUCAGGGGUAGUGCCUUUCAAGCGACAAAAGAUUAGGACUGAGAUGAGGAAGCUUCCUUCUAGUGAGGAUCUCCGCUUUCUAGCGGUAGAUCCUAAUCAGUAUGAUCACAAUUCAUAUGAGGCACAGAAACAGUUUUUGUUGGACUACUUUCACAAGAGGCCAUAUCCUUCUAAGAAAGAGGUGGAAUUACUUUCCUUGCUGCUAUGUGCGUGGAAAAUUGAUGUUGCAUCAUUCUUUGGAAAAAUGAGGAAUACAUGCUUAAAGGCAGUAAAACAUCACAAACCAUCUGUGCUGAUGGGUUUCAGUAUGUCUGAACUAAAAAACAUUAAGCACAGUUUGAAUUUAAAAGUUGGACCAUUGGAUAUGUAACCCAGCUUUUUAUAACAGCUAAAAGUAAUCCAUAAUUGCAUACUUAUAAUUUAGCAGUUUAUUAUAUUGUUUGUUUUGACUUGCAGACUGGCCUGUUGAAGGGUGCAGUAGUACAAAAAGUAUUGUUCACUUGUGACUGUUAUUGUGAAAGGCACACGUAGUUGUGUAUUUUAAAAGCUAAAACCUUCAGACUUAAACAUCUGGAAUUUGUUUUAGCUUUUUGCCUUUUCUGGGGGUAGUGUUGUGGGUUUUUUUGUUGUGAUGGGUUUUUUUUUGUUCCACUUCCAUUUAUUUUUCUUCCCCUCCAGGCUCCCAUUACAUUUUUUAUACCACCAUGUAAAACACUUGUCCUGUUAAAACCAAAUUUUAUUUUAUUUUUCUGUAAUGUUGUCUUUUCUAAGUAAUGAAUUGUGGGUUAAUGUUGGUUAAAAUAACGAGGUAAACAACAUAUGUAAAUAACAUAUAUUUGAGUAUAUGAAUUUUUAAGUCCUGAUAUUUUGACCUAUCUUUUGGUUUAUCUACUUGAGAAGUGAUUGCGGCCUUUGCAUCCGUUGCCCCUUCAAAUUCCCGGUGCACUGGUAGCAGUGAAAUACAUGGCAUUGUGGUUUUUUCCUCAGUCAAAAUACCUGUGCCAGUUAAGUCUGGUGUUCUGUAGUUCCUGCUGAGUAUUACCAUGGUGAGGACUGAGGGGCUUUCGGGUGCCGAUUGAAGUGUUAUAAUGAACUGGCUUGAAAUGUUUGUGUUAUCUGUUAAAUAGAUCUUGCUAACCAGAAGUGUUUAUCCUUUUUGUUUGGUGUUGAAGCCUGGUUGUUCAAGUACCUAUGGUUCAAAGCUUGGCAUCAGCGUUUGUUUUAUUUUCUUUUUCAAAAAACAAAGCUGCUUUGGAGAGUGCUUUGGUACAUUGAGUGUAUGACCUCUGUGCAUGUCACUUACCUAUCCAAAUAUCACCCAAAUUUGGUGGAAGGUCUGCCAUUUUAAAUUGCUGUUUUAUGAGGUAGUAACUGAGUAGUUUACUCCCCAGCAAAUUAGAUCCCUGGGUUGAAGUCCCUUGUGUCAGAAAUGGUACAGACUGAAACUGGAUGAAUUGGUAGCAUCAAGACUUUAAACUGUUGGGUACUUGAGCCGAGGAUAUUCAUGUAGUGAUUGGUUCUUGUUGGCCUAUAGAGAGCAUCACAGUAGUAUAAAACCCAAAUAGCCUUACCUUCAGUAUGGACCAACAUCUCUGUUGCAGAUUAUAGAAAAGCUGUUGGGAAGGUUCACUUGAGUUGAAGCACAAACUGGUGGCCACAUUAAGGCCUUGUUGAGUACUGUUCUAUCUGGAUAUGCUUGUUUUCAUCUGGCUUGUCAAAGAGUGCCUCCAGUAUUAACAGCCAGUUCCAUAAUAAAUAACCUGUAAGAUGUGUUGGUUUUAUUUCCUCCUCUUCAUCCCCCUCUCCCCACCCUCUUUUCUAAGAAAAGAGUAUGAGUUCACUUGUGCCCGUGUUACAAGGAAAGGGUGAGAUGCCCACGCUUAUUUCUAUUUUUUAGGAUAGUAAGCAUACUUUUGCCCUGUGCCAUGGUUUUUAAAGCACAUACAGAAUGUUUUAUUGCUGUUUUUGAAAGGGUGUGACAUUUUUAGCAGAAUUUGGUUACUUCCUGCCUGUGGUUCUGUAAGUUGUGUUUGGAGUUAUAUUUUGGAUAAAAUCUUACUAUUUUCAUAUGAUUGCUUCAAGGAGUUUUAAUGUGUAUGUAGCAUAUGGUUACUUAGAGAGAAUCUGCUAUUUGGAAAAACCUAGUAAUUUAAUAGUGGUGUUAAACAAACAUAAACAACAUUUAUGGGACCAGUUGCACCCCCCACCCCAAAAAGUGAUUAAGAACCAAUGUGUUCUUACAGCCUAAUAAUUGCUCAUUAAAAAUUUAAAAAUAGAAUAUACUUGGCCAUAGCACAGUUCAUGAAACCUAUUCAGAGGGCUUUGAGUGAGGAAGAGGGAUAUGCUCUCUAGAAGUUCUGAAAUGUAGGUACUCAUUCUCACAGCCUCGGCCCUGUGUGCCCUGUCAUCUUUGGGGCAGUUCUGCUGGUGCUGGUGAGACUUCAGCAUGGGGGAAUUGGGCAGUGUGUGUCUGGGGAAGGCUUGCCAUGAAUGGGGAAAGAUUGUCGAGAGAACAGUGUGGCUGUGGGGAGCUGGGAAGUCAUUUCAUGGUUCGUCGAUGCUCGGGGCACCAAAGGAGCAAUCCAGUCUUACCAGAGUUUUCCUACAUAGUGUCCAGUGUUGAUGUUAAGCAUUUUAUUUAUUGGACUUUGAUUUCACAGUUUCAAAUAAACCAGAUUUUUAACUUUC